AUGAAAAAAUUUGGGUUAGCGGCAUUUAAUGAUAAUGAUAAGCUAUAUAAUGACACACUGAAACAGUUUAAUAGAAAAACUGAAGAACUUUCAGAACAAUUGAAUAUUUUUCAAGAUAAACUGAUAGAAUUUGCUAAUAAACAUAAUCAGGGGUUAAAGUCAAAUCCUGCAUUUAGAUCCAAAUUUCUACAUAUGUGUCAUAAUAUUGGGAUUGAUCCUUUGAAAUUAUAUACUGACCGAGAUAAACAUUUAUUUACUGUAAAUGAUUUCUUAUAUGAGUUAUGUAUUAGAAUAAUUCAAAUUUGUAGAAAUACUAAAGAUAUUAAUGGUGGGUUGAUAACGUUUAACGAAUUAUUACGUACAUAUUUUAAAACUAUGAAUGUAACGGAGAAAGAUUUAAUUGAUGCUAUUAAUAUGUUGAGGACUCUAGAUGGAGGAUUUACUAUUUUAACAAUAAAGGGGGAAAAAAUUCUUCGAAGUGUACCUAACGAACUAACCACAGAUCAAACAAAGAUUCUAGAAGUGUGUUCAAUAAUGGGUUAUGCAUCUAUAUCUCUUUUAAGAGCUAAUCUUAGUUGGAGCAAGGUGAGAUGUAAGUCUGUAUUAGAUGAAAUGGUGAUAAAUGGUUUAUUAUGGGUGGACAAUCAAUCUGAACAAAAUGAAACACUGUUUUGGAAUCCAUCAUGGAUCGCUAAAUCAUUGACGAACUGA